AUGGAUCUCAGUCUUGCGGGGCGGAGACCUCUCUCCUCUCUGUCGACCAAUGGCCAAGACGUUGAGGGACAACAGCAGCAACAACGCGCCGCCCAGAAGCUAGCGGCGUUGGAGAAGGAAGUUUCGGAGAAGGUUGAUAAAGAUUUCUUCGUCGAAGAGGUUCUUUUCAGGCCGCUCGUCCACGUGAUUGACGUGCUCGGCUCCAAGGACGGAGCUGUGAGCAAUGUCAGCAUGGAAGCUUUGCAAGAACAAUGCGCCCUCGUGAACCGAGCUAUGGAGAGCUUCGUGGAGGAGAAUUCCUCCUACUUGAACGGCAACGUGGAAGCGAUGGGGACAAUUCUCAGAAAGUUCCAGGACACCUGCUCGGACGUGAGGACGCUCCGGGGGCAG